AUGGGUGGCUGCGGUUGGUGGUGCAGUGUGCUCUGGACGUGCUCGUUAGGCUUCGGGUGGCUUCAGGCGGAAACGAUACAUUUUACCAACUCGCCCAAGCUGAUCAUGGCGUCGAAGAACUUUACCACGUACGAAAUAGAAGUGCCCGGCUCGAAACCCAUCACCAUCAUCGAAGCGACUGAUCCGUACGAUCGUGGAUCGGGCCUUGGCCGGCCGUCGGACACAUUCCCCAAGGAAGUGCAGAUAGCCGGCGGGCCAACGACAAGCUUCCGGACGAGCACCGGACUAAGCGUUAGCAGACCCACGGACGAUCGGGAAGGAUCGGGUAGCUCCGCCGAACAAUCGGCCGGCACCCGGAAAACGCUCUACUCGCCGGAGCUGUUGAACAAAUUCCUCAAGGAGUACUCCGAGAAGCUGCGCAACGCUGAUUCCGCCACGAGAAAGCGCCUGAACGAGAUCACGAUGAUCAACCGAAAGCAGAACGAGUCGCCGGGAGGGGCGGCAAGCGUGGACGGGAAUCAGUACCGAAACAAACAUCCACACCCGGACGCUAUUCAGGCCGAGAGUCCAACCGACACCGGCGAACGGUCGCCGGACGACGGGCCGAAAACGGAGGACGAGUUCGUGUUUAACGACACACACGAGCGGCACGUGAUGGGCGGUGCGGGAGCGACGAGCAACAAGCGCUGGUACCAGGAGGCAGCAGGAUUGGGCGGCUACCCGGCGCAAACCCCACAAACCAGCCACAAAAACCACCCGUGGAACGUUAAGGACGGUUGGGUGAGUCUGGAGGCCGUGCCGUGGUCGGAAAGCAAGGUAUCGAAGUGGCACGCCGAUCGCGGGUCGGUGUCGGAGUUGAACAAACCCCCACCCGGGAAGGUACCGGGGAGCGGGCAGCACGCGUUGGACAAGUACUGGAACGCGGGCACGGUGGCUAGUGAGGAAACUCCCCAGUACAAACCCGUCGCCACGUCGGGAUCCAUCGGUUCGUCGAGCUACUACGUCGGCGAAGCGGACGAUGACUACGGGUAUGGGUCGUACCACAGCGACAACAGGAACCGGUUGGCGAGCACCGUACCUCCUACCGAAUCACUCUACAAUCGCCGACGUCCCAUUGCAGCGCUCUACAGCGAGCGUCCGGAUGCGGACCGAAGCCGACCGUCCGGGCCUGCGCAACCGCAGAUCGAUAGCUGGUACGACCAACAGCUGCACACGAGCAGCCCGUACGAUUCGAUGAAGGCCUACCACGACCAGGGCCCCGGUCCCACGCCGACCACUCCCAACCGGGACAUCAUAACCGACGGCCGUCCGGCAAAUUUUCCCAACUACCCUCAAGAUCGCCCCGGACAGGGUGGGCACAGUGGGGCCAGCAGUGCACAGAGCGAACGGGUGCGGCCAGUAUCGUAUCCGGACCGUGGCCACGGCGAAUGGGUGUUGAUCUCCACCACCAAAGGCUACCAGUACCCCAAACGGCGCCACGGACAGCGGGCCAUCACGUUCUCGCCCGCCACCGCCACCAGCCACCAGACGGUCAAGCUGACGGUGCUGCCCAUGAAGAACGCCAUCGAUAUGACCACCUCGCACAACGGCCUGAUCGAGGUGUCGUCCUCGACGCAAACGGUUGAGGAUGCGGUCAAGCAGCAGAAGAGCAAGCGCAAGGGCCCGUAUCCCGGGACCAAGAAGAAGAAACAUUCCGCGACGGCGGUGGCCUCGGCCUCGGGCCAGACCUUCUCGCUGAUGCGCCGCGAUGCGUCCCAGGACAGUUCGGCCGUGUUGGCGGCGGUCGGGGCGGGCAUGGUACCGGCCACCAUGGCCAUCCUGGCACCGAUGGUGCUCGGUCGGAAGAAAAAGUAA